AUGAGGUCGUUGGUGUUGCUGUUUGUUUGUUGUGGAGUUGCCGCGGCUUUUCUAGGCUUUGAAUUGGGCACGUUACAAUCGGCUGGGGCUCAGGGUAUUUUAAUGUGCAAUGGGAAGCCGUAUACUCAUGCUAAGGUCAAAUUCUGGGAGGUUGAUAUUGGACCCAUCCCUGAUGAUUUUUUGAUGGAAACUGAAGCUGAUCAAAAGGGAUGCUUCAAAAUUCAAGGAAAUCAAACUGAAACCGGCUGGAUCGAGCCGAAACUGACGAUUUUCCACGAUUGCGACGAUGAAACUGUGGAAUGCCUCCGAAAGUUGACAAUCUUCAUCCCCCAAAACUUCAUCACCCAAAAUUCUACGACUCCGGAGAGGUAUUUCGACAUUGGCGUCGUCAACCUGGCCGCCCGUUUCGGUACUGGGGAUGAUCACGAUUGCAACAAU